CUUAAUGAAAAUAAGGCGGCAUUCGUCUUCACCGCUAACUAAAGAUGAUUUGAAGGAUAUAAAUCAACGUAGCGAUAGAGCGAGCAGAGCCUCAAAAUCAAACCGCAAUAGAUCACGUUCCCGUCAGCGAAAUACCCCUACAGGGGAUACAGAGAAGGAGGUACAAUCACAUUUGCAGCGUCUUAUAGAUGCCAAAUACACCUUCAAUAAGUCUAAGAAGUUGAAGGCUCUCAACAAAUCUCCUGAGUUAGAACUCGCUUCUCCGGAACUUUCAAACGAAAAUUGGACACCGCCGCCUGUUGAACCACUCUAUAAAUCUCCAUCUAGGAUUAGAACUAGUAACAGUCACUUCAGCAACCUUAGAAGAUUUCGAACAAACACUAACACAUCAGUUGAACCGGUUGCUAACCCUAUAACCGAAGUAAACGAUGAAUUCCUCUCAAUGAAACGUACGAGAUCGACUACGAUGGAUAGGCAACCAUCUGAAUCAUUUUUAUUGAACAGUGCACAAGCGUCGAGCUCAGAUGUAGAUGUUUUUAGAGACACUGAUGUGUACGAAAUGGAAAUCCUCUACGAGAAUCAACGAGGUUUGUUCCUCUUUGGAACAGGUUAUUUUUCAUUCAAAUCACUCCUCCCCAUAGAUCCAGCACCCUAUACAAAUUCUCAAGGUGAACCCUCGCCUUAUACACCUGAAUCUAUCCAACCACCAGAUCCCCUCUGGGAGUGGGUACAUCCUCAUAUGCUUGUAGAUAUGUCUUGUCGUCGCAAACGUGAUGAAGCUGGCUGGGAAUACAAUACUUGGUUCAAAAAUUCCAGAUGGACACAAUGCGGUGGCCCGUUCUCUUAUGUUAGAAGAAGAAAAUGGAUUAGAUUGCGGAAAAGACCGGCCAAUGCGCCAAUAUUGCAAUCACAAUCUCAAUUGCAGUCCAAUCAAGCGAACUCUAUUAGAACACGAGCGAGGUCUUCUUCUCAUUUGAAAAUACCAAAUUCACCAAAAUCGGCCAAUUCUACAAAUCUCAGUAGUGAAGUAGACAAUACCCCACCGGCGUCUAUAUUCGAAUUAGAUAAUAACUGCGAGGUCGCAUACCUUCCGGUGCGACCUAGUGAUUUACCAGCAUCAUCAGCUAGCUUUGCAUCUUCAAAUUCAUUUAUAAAUCGAACUAAUUCGCAAAAUUCUCAAAUAUCAGUAGCUGAUCCCUUUUUGCAUUAUCCGAUCUAUAUAUCAGACGAAGACCAGAAAGUUUGGGAUCAGAUCAAUUUGAGGAGGUUAACACGUAUACAAUCAGCUUGUCAACUUGAUCGCGAACGUAUUCAACUUUGGCAUUGUUGGUUGGCUUUGAAUAAGGUUGAAGUAUACAACGUUAUUCAGUCACAUUACGUAAAAAUAUACUCACUCAUGUGUUAUGAAACCUACAGAAAGCAACUUGAGGCGCUUUUUGAGAAGGUCGCUAAGUCUAAAGAUAAUAAAAUAUCGUCACCAUUCCUUUUAACAUCAUUAGAACCAACACCGGAGAUAUCGUUACCUCCUUUGUUAAAUCAUACAACUUCACAAUCACCAAUUGGAAAAUUUCGACCGCAAUUACAGAUGAGUCCUUUGUCAUCACCCAUUCAUUCACGUCGAUCGUCACUCUCAUUGAGGCCGGAAUUAAGGCCACUAUAAUUGUAAAUUAAAUUAGCAUUUUAACAAUCAAUCAAUAAUAGCAGAUUUUGAACAUUAUCAGAGCUAACAAAUAACAAGUCAUUCUUUAACAAGUAACUCUAUAUGGAUAUCUUUUUCAACAAAACGAGAAUAAAGUCUAUGAAACUGUUUGAAGCGAGUCUAUAUAGCUGAUGUGCGAGAUGAAUGCGAUUGACCGGAAGAGCUGCGUCUGAGAUUAAAAAAGUUCCUCAAUGAAGGUCUUUUACGAUGAAGAGACGUGAAAGUUGGAAUGCUAGAUGAUUCUAUUAGAUGAAAGCAUAUAUCGUAGGCGUGCUUGAACGUCAACGGAUCAAUCGUCGUACUGUUAUCGAAAGAAAGUUUGACAUUCUUGAGGGUAGUCAAUUUGACAUCCUCGUCUAAAUUGAGUUCUGAUAGUGAUUUACCGUCAAAGUAGGUUUGUAAUAUGUUGUCGACUUCGACUCUUUGUUGAUCGAGUGGAGUCUUCGGAAAUCUACGAUUGUAGUCCUCAUACCAUAGUACGA